AUGAUGCGACGACCUUCUACGAGCUCGGGUCGGUUAGGGGGGGAAGGGAGUGGCGGAGCGAGCACCGGCGGCGGCGGGGGCGGUAACAGUAGUUCGACUAGUAUUUUGGCGUCUCUUGUUCCGGAACAUUUUACCUGCCCGUUGUCUGCGGACAUUAUGCGAGAUCCUGUGAUUAUAGCGUCCGGGCUGACGUACGAGCGUGCCUUUAUCGAGCAGUGGUUUGCGGAAGGGCACAUGACGUGUCCUAAAACGCGUCAGCGGGUAGAUCAUACUAACCUAUGUCCUAAUGUAGCCGUUAAGAAGAUGAUUACUGAUUGGUGCUUAGCGAAUCGCAUCACAUUAGCGCCUUUGGAGCCGCCCCCUUCUCUCGAUGCGGUACGGGGAUACGCGGGGGAAGGCCGCGGAAAGGGGGGCGGAAGCAGCGGAAGCGGAAGGCGGCCUCCUUCCGCCCAAGGCCCCGCGGACCGCCAGCGGUCGCGCGGUGAGGGCCGUAGCAGUAGUCGUAAGGCGGAAGCGGAGGAAGAACAGGGGGAAAGGGGAGGGAUUGAGCGGCGGAACUCGUAUGACCGGGGAAGCGAGGACGGCGCGCGGAGGGAGCGGAAGGUCAAGGGAAAAAUGAAGGACGCGGGAGAAAGCAAGGACGGGCGGGAUAGUAGAGAAACGAGGGAAGAGGGGGGGAGGGAAGGGGGAGAUCUGAGGGACAAAGGGGAGGUAGUGAGGGAGAAGAAAGGCAAGGGAACGGGCGAACGGGAGAAGCGGGGAGAGAAGGGGGUAACGGGGGUGUCGGGGAAAGAGCGCGCCAGCAAGAGCAGCGUGAAGAAGAAAGGGAGUUAUAGAGACAAGAGGGAGGACGAUGUGUCGGCGGAAGCGGAACGCGGGCACGAGAAAGACAGAGGAAUGGCGGCGACCGCGCAAGGGCAGGGGCGCGCGCAGGCCGGGAAUGACAGAGAUCGGCACCAUGACACGUGGUCUGACUCAGAGGAUCAGGAUGAGGAGCCGCAUGCUGACGUGGCAGGCGGCAGGAAAAAGGACAAGGGCGGCGCCGCCGCGGCGGGAAAGUCCGCGACGACGGCGCCGGGGAAGGUGCGGAAGGCGGUAGGGCGGAACGCGAGUUGGGGCGCGCAACCCGCGCAAUUAAUAGACUCUGGCGGGAGUCGGGUCGACGCGCUGCUGUCGGCGGGAAGGGAGGCGCACGAGGGGAGCAGCGAGGGAUCCGGACGUAGAUUAAAGGAGCGUGCGGAAAAAGCGGAGACGGGAUCGGCGCGGAGAGGCGGCGCGACGUCUCUAGGAACGACGCCCGAGCACCCGAAGCGCGGGAUAUUAAAAGGCGGGAGUUCCAGGGAGUUUGCCACUAGCAGGAGCGUCGCGAGCGCUUCCGCCGUCGGCGCAGACAGUUCCCCGAUGCGCAUGCGCCGCGGCAUGCGCGGCGGGUCGCUGUCGGGGCGGCACGACGUGUUUGCUGACGACAGCGGCGGCUUCGAGAACAGCCAGAGGCGGUUUGGCGGGCACGAAAUGGAUAUCACGGUGGCGGCGGCCGCGGUGGCGGGGGUGUUUCGUGAUCGUGGCGCGCCGGUUUCUCCGCGCGGGGAGGACGACAGCGAGGGGGAAGGGGACGGGGAAGGGGGAGGGGAACGGGUAGGAGGAGGACAGGAGAGAUGGGAACGCGGAAGCCCUGGGAGCGGUCGGCAGAAUCCGGUGCUUGAUUCAGGGAGAAGGGGGGGAAACGACGCGCGCGGGGAGGUACCGGGGGAAAGGGACGGGCCAGGCGCGCAGUUCGGGGUGGCCGGGGGAGCGCCAGUCGGGGGAGUGAAUAUGGAGGCGCUAGCGCACGUGAAGGUCACGCGGAAGGAGCGCGCGCGGCUGAUGGAGCUGGCGGCGCAGCAGCAGGGUGGCGGAAGCGCCAUGGGCGGAACGGGGAGCUCUAGCGGGCGCUUCAGCGCGGCCGUUCUAGGGCUCGAUUUGACUCCGGAGCACGAUGAGAAUGGGGGCGGGAGCGGAGGCACAAGCACCGCGGGAGACCUCCCCAGCGGCCCGCCUUCCCCCCAUGCCGUCCCCCAGUGGCGGAACCUCCUUGUCGUGCGCACGCCCAUGGCUUCCGCCAGUACUUCCCCCAUCAUGUCCCGCCAGGGCAGUCAGCGGGAGUCCGCCAGUGGGGGAAUUGCGGGCGCGGGCGCGGGGGGAGGAGGGUUCGGGGUGAGCGUGCAUGCACUGCGCGCGCGCGUCAUGGAGCUGGGGAAGGGCUCCGCGGGUGACCCGGAGAGCGGCGGGGGGGAGGGCGGAGGGGGAGGGGGAGCGGCGGAGGGGGAGCGCAGGCUCGGGGAGCAUUCGCGCACGAAAACGUGGGGAGGGGGGGCCCUAGCGGCGCUACAGGGGGAAGCCGGGGGAGGGGGCGGAAAAGUAACCCGGGAGGAAGCGGCGCGGAGGGCGCAUAAGGGGAACGCUGGGGGCGAGGGCGGGGAGUGGGGAGGCGGAGGAGGAGCGGGGGAGAAGAGCAGGCGGAGGAGAGCGGGAACGGGAACGUGGGAGUUAGAAGCAGAUGCUGCUGCUGGGCACGGGAGAUCAGGAGAAUUUGCACUAAGGAACAGGGACAGGGAGAAGGAUCGAGAGAGGGACAAGGAGAGGGAGAGAGAGAUGGAAAUGGAGAGAGAAAUGGAGUCGGAAGAGUAUGGAGAGCGAGAGCAAUCGCAGCAGCACGCGCCGGCCAGCCAAGGCCGCUCUCCCCCCCUCUCCCGCCCCCCCCGCAACUCCCCCAAUGCCCCCGCUGCGCCCUUCUCCGCUCCCUUCCCCGAGCCCCGGAACCUCUCCCGCCUGUCUUCCCCCCCCGUCCCCCGCCCGCACUCCCCGUUCCACUCCCCAGCCGCGACCGGGAGGUCCGGAAGCAGUUUGGGAGGUUCGGGGUUGUCUGGGAGCCAGGAUGACCUGUCCGCCGCCUUGGACCAAACCGGGGCGGGAGGCUCGGGGCGGUGGUCCGGGAGGGGGGGAGGGGAGGGAGGGGAGGGAGGUGGAGGUGGGGGAGGGGUUGGGGGAGGGAGUGGGAGGCAUGGAGGGGGAUCAGGAUCGGGAUCAGGUUCGGGAUCGGGUCGGCAUCAUGCGUCUGGCGGUAUAAAUCGGUCUCUGUCUUCGGUCCCGCCUGGUCUAUUAAGGGGGUGGGGAGUGACAGAUGACGGUGGGGCGGGGAGCGCGGUUGGCAGCGGUGGCAGUGGUGGUAGCAGCGGUACAAAUGGGCGGAAUGGGACUGGAGCAAGCCCUGCAGAGGAGAAAGAGCGGUUGUUGGGGCGAGGGCGGUCGUUAAGGGAGCAGCAGGCGGAAGGGAAGGCGGAAGGGAAAGUGGACCAGCGGGGAUUCGAACCCCCGCCUAGAGCAGGGAGGAGAAGCUUGGAUCUAGAGAGGACGAAAACGGGUAUGGGAACGCUAGCAGCAGGGGGGGGAGUGGCCGGAGCGGGGAAAGGAAGGGGCGGGAGUAGAGGAGGCGCGGGGGGUGGGGGAGAGGGCGGAGGGGGGACUGCUGGAGGGGGAGCAGGAGGGGGGGUCGGGGGGGUAGGGGGAGGGGCAGGGGGAGGGGCAGGCGGAGGGGCGGGCGGAGGGGUUGCGGGAGGGGGGGUAAUAGUAGGGGAUCACAGUGUGGGUUUGGUGAUGGGAGGGAGCGGUAAGGAGCGGUAUGUGAGUGCAACGUUCGGUUCUGUGGUUCGCCCUGCCAGUGCAGACACCCACAGGCGCAACAGAAGCGUGGGAUGGAACCUUCUAGACCCUAUGGCAAACCCAGGGGGAGGGGCAGCAGCAGCAGGAGCUGGAGCAGGAGCAGGGUUGGAGGGAGCACCAGGAGGAGGAGGAGGGAUAGGUAGAGCUAGAGACCCCUGGCAAAGACCGGCCACACCAGAGAGAAGAGGUGGGGAUGGCAGAGGAGGGGCAGGAGCUCUGGGUGGGUCGGCACGGCGGGCGGCGGGCUCCGACUUCUUCUCUACCGAGGGACCGGGCGGCGCAGGUGUGGACCUGGGAUUUGAUCCUGAUGAGCUGGCAGCACAGCUAGGAGCACGAUUCUCCCAACUAGCUGAAGAUCUGAGGAGCGGGUCGAGGAGUAAGAGAGUAGCAGCAGCACGGACGGUCCGAAUAGACGUGAAAGGGCAGGGAGAGGCAGAGAUACCGGUAGCUCGGAAGCAGCUCGUGCGUGCCGGGGUGAUUAAAGCCCUGGUAGCUGUGAUCAAGCGUGAGGGCGGGGCAGGAGAGGGCGACGGGGAGGGGGGGGAAGGGGAGAAGACCGCAAGGCUAGAGGAACUAGACCAAGUGACUGCUGCGAUUCUCGCGCUUGCUCUGCACUGGGCUGCUGCUCCUGAUCUAGCUCGAGCCGGGACCAUCCCGGCUCUAGUCCUGGUCUUAAAGCUAGGAUCCCAAUCUGCUAAAGCCGCGGCCGCGGCAACGAUGUAUGUGUUGGCAAAAGAGGACGAUUUUCGGGGGGCGGUGCGGCAAUCGGGAGCCGUGCCGCUGCUGCUGACGGUGAUCAAGAAGGGGACGCCGAGAGGGAGAAAGGACGCGGCUCUAGCUCUGUUUGCCAUCUCGCUGUCGACGCGAGGAGCCAAGGAGGUGGUUUCAGCAGGAGCGAUUCCUGUUCUGCUGGAUGUGAUCGGGCAGGAGGAGGAUCUGCCCGGGCUGGAAGAAAAGGCUGUCGCGGUGCUGUUGAAUCUUUCGCGGCUGCCCGAGGGGUGCGAGGAGAUAGAGAAGAGCGACGGGAUGAUGAGAAUGGUGGAUUUGUUAGAUGAAGGGGCUUCGGAGCGGUCGAAAGAGGAUGCUGCUGCUGUGCUGCUCGCUAUGGUGAAGAUGGAGAUUGUCACUGUAAAGGAUCUGCUUGCAGAGGGGAUGUUGCCGUCUCUGGUUCGUGUGGCUGCUGGUGGUGGGAGCGAGAGCAAGGCGGCAGGAGCAGCAGCAGCAGGCGGAGGGAAUGUGGCUCCUGAAGCAAAGGAGUUGCUAGAGCUGCUGAGGAAACGGGGGAAAGAUGGGGGGAAGGGGUAG